UGAUUAUGAUUAUGGUGAUUAUGUGAAUGUGAUAAUCAUUUCUUGAAUCUUCCUCUAAAUUUCACCUGCCAUCUAUUCGAUGAAUUUGCUGUUUUCCUUGAAUUAAUGGAAUUUCAAUGCAUCAGUAAUUCUUUCAAAUUCAUUGUGUGCUGAGAGAUUCGUGAUUUGUGUCCUCGAUAGUGUCUAGUUUUCUUUCAGGGAUUGUCAAGAUGGAAUCUGAUAACAAUGGUGAAUCCUUUGAGAUUGUUGAUGCAGCCAAGGAAGACCCUUUAAUUGGAAAAGAAGCCUCCGGCAAGGAAGAGGAUCAUGCCGAAACCGCAGGUGAUGAAAAAAAAGAGGAUGAUGACGGAUGGAUGGAUAUCCUUGGAAGUGAACAGUUGAAGAAGAAGGUGACUGUGCCAGGUGAGCCAGAUACGCGGCCUCAAUUUUCAGAGAUUUGCAUUUUGGAUUAUGAAGGACGGCUGGAUGAUGGCACUGUUAUUGAAAAAGAAGAAAAUCAUAGAAUACAGCUCGGAGACCUUGAGGUUAUUCAUGGAUUAGAUUUUGUUAUUGCUUUGAUGGAUGUUGGAGAAGUAGCGGAAGUUUUUGUCGGACCUCGUUUUGGCUUUGGGAAGAUUGGUCGUCAAGAGCCCGAUAAACCAGAAGUACCUCCUAAUGCCAAUUUACACUAUACAAUGAAAUUAAUUAAAGUGGAGCCUGGUCCUGACAUAGAACAACUGAAAGUUGCUGAGCGGAGCUCAAUAGGGAACAAAAAAAAAGAAAGAGGCAACUGGUGGUAUUCUCGGAAAGAAUUCACUUUGGCUAUACAGUGCUACAGAAGAGCACUGGACUAUCUAGACUCCAAUGUAGCCACCGAUGAUGAGUCAAGUGAAGAUGCCAUCACCCAAUUAUUAGAAGACAGAUUUAAGGUAUACAACAAUCUAGCAUUGUGUCAAAUAAAAAUAGAAGCGUACGAUGCGGCACUACAAUCUCUAAAUAACGUUCUCAUGGCCCAGCCCAAAAAUGUGAAAGCUCUCUUCAGGAAAGGACAGGUAUUAGUAAAGAAAAACGAAACUGACGAGGCUUAUAAGUACUUAAAGCAGGCUUUAGAACUUGAUCCAGAUUCGAAGGAUAUCAAAAAUGAAUUAGCUCGUCUUCAAGCAAAGAAGAAGUCAGACAUUAAAGUGGAACAAAAUUUGUACAAGAAAAUGUUGGGUCAAAACAAAUCUACUACGCAGUCAAAGCCCAGUCAAAGUGUUUCCUCGCGCAUUCCAUGGCGAGCAGUAAUUGGUGGGAUCACUGCUUUGAUCGGAGGAGUCGUUGCCUUUGCUUAUAGACCUGACAGUUUCUCCAUACCAUCAGUCGAGAGUUCAGAAUUUCCUGAAGCUUAAUGUUUAUUUCAAACACUAUCGAACUAAUGAAAAUAAUUUAGGAAGUAUUUUUUUUUGUUAUUGUUUUUCAGAUUUCUAAGCGAUAUUCCAAAAUUCUUUGUUGAAAGAAUAUUCCAUAUAUUUUGAGACUGUGCCUCUUUACUCUAGUUUGUGCUUCCUUCAGUUCUCUCCUAAUUAAUCUUUUUUUAUUAAAUAUUGGACCAGAAUCGCUAAAUAGACGGUAUAAACCUUGAUCUUUUCAUCUCCCCCUUGUUUUUCUCUCAAAACUGAUUGUAUCCUCAAUCGUGUUCACUUUAUCAUGGAAUUGUACUUAUUAUAUCCCUACUUAUAUGUAUUUUCCGCUCAGUAUUAGUGGAGGACAUGGAAACUCUCCUGAAAUUAAUAUAGAACCCGUUUAAAAGGUUGAAAGAACUGUAUCAAAUGGUUCUAAUCCUAGAAGAUGAAUCUCAGUUCUUGUGUUGUGACAAUCUGUCGGAGAAAUCUCUCCAUAAUUUAAAAAAAAAAAACGAGAUAAUUUUCUCUCACUAAAAUGAUAAAAUAUUUAUUUUUCAUCUUGAUGUUUCAAUAAACUGUUUUCGGCUAGUGUUUAUACAGGGUGUCUCAGGGUUAAAGAGCUGUACCACAGGAGUGUGUUCGAUAUGGAUCAUAAUGAGACUUUACUUUUUCUUAAUUUUUUUUCCCCCCAAGUGCCCUCAGUAGGAGCCACGGCCCUAAUCUUUCAAGGUUAUCAUAGUUUUUUUCUGAAUUUAGGCAACGUUAAUGAACCUUAACUCAUAAGAAAUGGCCCUUCCCCUUUAUUUUUAGCAGUGAUUUCAUCCAUAGCCUCAAAAGUACCCAAAUCUCAAGUUACAGGGGGAUUUCAGGAGGUGUCAGGGGGGUCUUGAAUCUACUAGAGCGAAAAACUUGGCUUUUUGGCCAGUGAGGGUGCUAUUUACAGGGCACCAUUGCAGCUGGUAUAAAAUAAGCUGGGAAAAUGGUUUUAUGCAAUUAUUUUCUGCAGGUCUUAAUUUUCGAGAAAACUUGAAUGCACUCAUGGUGAUGACCUAGAGCAAAAAGUAAGUCUGAAUGUGUCGUUCAACCCAAAGCCGGACGUUGUCGUUGCAAGUGGGCAGCCUUCCUGCUAGUAAACUUGUCCAUUCAAUCAUGAUUUUCUCGAAAACUAAGCCCUGGAGCAAAAAAUAUUGCAGGACCACUAUCCAAGAUUAGUUUACAUCCUAUAAGUGAUGCUCUAAGAAUAGCAUUUUAUGGGACGAAAAACCCAUUUUUUGCUCUAAAAUGACCAACAGCCCUUGGAACACCUUCCUUGCAUAUGCCUCUUUAACUUGAGCCUCAUAGAAGCUUUAUAGAAGAAAGAAGUCCCAUUUCGAUCCAUAGAAUAUGCUCCUGCAGUAUGGCUUCUCAACACCGGCUGAAGAACAUGCAUGUAGUAAGUUUUAAUAUACUUUUGUUUUAUCAAGCUUGGCUCAUUUUCUUUUUUCACUGUGCAAAAUAUCUCAUCUGGAAUGGACGAAGUUUUACAAUAACUGCAUUUUCUCAUGAUUCCUGAUACAAUCAACAAAGCUCAUGCAGAAAUGCAAACACUGCCAGCCUAUUGUAAUGCUUUGUCCAGUUUAUCUUUUCCCUGGAUUGGAAUUUUUGUAACUUUACUUAAUCGCAGUAAAUUCUUCCUUUAAUUCCCAACUUAGAAAUUUAAUCAUUUUCUUAACUUUCUUAUAAAGACAAAUUAUAUAUCCGUUAUUGGUCUCUUUUAUUCACACACCUACUGUCAUUGUGUUUUCCUAGAAAACUAGCAACCUCAGUUUUUUUCCUUUAUGUUUAUGAGAGAACUAUUUUGAUUUAAUUCAGGAAGCUCAAAUUUUAGAGCAAUAUACAUAUACACAUCCCUGUGUCUUUAUCUGACACUUUAAGCCUCUUUUUUUUUUAAAUUAAGUUUUAUUUUUGUUAUUGUGUUUAUUGCCCGAGAAGUGUUUGCUCCAGUGUUUUGAACUUAUGUACCUUUUAUUGACUUUCUAUUUUUUUUUAAUUUUACUUGAUUUUUUACUAGAUAUAUCAACUUUAAUUCUUUUAAAUAUUAUGAAUCUGAAGCCUACUAGACGAUUUGAUCCAAAACGUAGAACAAAAGCGUGUCCUUUAGUCGCAUUGUGAUUUGUCAAAGAUCUUAAUUCUCGAGCAAAGCUCUACCCUCUUCGUAGUUAACUGAUUCUCAUCAUUUACAAGAAUAGGUAUCUUCUAAUUUUAGUCAGUAGAUUGACAAUGUUACAUUUUUCUCAAAGUCAGAAUCAUUUUUAGCGAAUAUUGUUAAAAAGUUCAAUGGCUUGAGAUCAUCAUUACCUAUUACAUUUUUCUUUCAGUCCUCUCUCUUUCAGGAAGAGAAAAUUAUUGCAGAAUCUUAGACAUGUUCUCUUGUUUUCCUCUCUUUUUUGUUAUAGCUCUUAUUUUAAUUCCUCAUUGUUAUUGAUAUAAAACGUGUAUUCUGAUUAUUUUUAUAUUAAAAAACCUUUGGAUGCGGUAAAGGCGGUAAAGAAUUA